GGGAGCCCGGCGGACGCGUUGCAUCAUCCUUGAGCAUCAAUGAAAGACCAAGAAUGGCUUUCUUCAAGCAGCAGAAGGUGGAGGACGUUUACGAAAUUGGGGAAGAACUGGGAAGUGGCCAGUUUGCCAUAGUGAAGAGGUGUCGAGAGAAAAGCACGGGGGUGGAGUAUGCUGCCAAGUUCAUCAAGAAGCGGCAGAGCCGGGCCAGCCGGCGCGGGGUGAGCCGGGAUGAGAUCGAGCGUGAGAUCACCAUCCUGCAGCAGAUCCUGCACAGCAACAUCGUCCAGCUGCACGACAUCUACGAGAACAAGACUGAUGUGGUCCUCAUUCUGGAACUGGUUUCUGGAGGAGAACUCUUUGACUUCCUGGCACAGAAGGAGUCUUUGAGUGAAGAGGAAGCAACCAGGUUCAUCAAGCAGAUUUUGGAUGGUGUGAAUUACCUUCACUCUAAGAAAAUUGCUCACUUUGAUCUAAAGCCUGAAAACAUUAUGCUUCUAGACAAGAAUAUCCCUAUUCCACACAUCAAACUCAUUGACUUUGGCCUGGCUCACAAAAUAGAAGAUGGAGUUGAAUUUAAAAACAUAUUUGGAACUCCGGAAUUCGUAGCUCCAGAAAUCGUAAACUAUGAGCCACUUGGACUUGCUGCAGACAUGUGGAGCAUAGGAGUGAUCACCUACAUACUGCUUAGUGGUGCAUCACCUUUCCUUGGAGAAACUAAACAAGAAACACUUGCCAAUAUCACAGCUGUGAAUUAUGAUUUUGAUGAAGAAUUUUUCAGCAAUACUAGUGACCUCGCAAAAGACUUCAUUCAGAAACUACUGGUGAAAGAUACACGGAAGCGGCUCACAAUUCAGGAAGCUCUGUCUCAUCCUUGGAUAACGCCCAGGGACAAGCAACAGGCUUUGGUUCGGAAAUCAUCUGUUGUUAAUAUGGAGAACUUCAAAAGGCAAUAUGCUAGGCGGCGAUGGAAGCUGUCAUACCAGAUUGUUUCACUGUGCAACCACUUAUCGCGGUCGCUGGAGAGGAAGGUCCUGACACAGGAUGAGAGCUUGAGAGACUGUGAAAGUGACAGUAAAGAUCUUUCACAAAGAAAAGCCCCUCUUCAGAGGAGAAGCAGUGUACCAUAAUGGGAUGAGAAUUCCAUGGGCAGGAGACAGGAGACUUUCAUCCUUGCUGAAGCAAGCAGCCCUGACAGCACACUUGGACUUCUUGUCUGAGUCCUUGGUAUGAUGCUUCUUGCUUCUCAAAGCACACCAACAACUGGAUGAUGGCCUUAAAUGCUUCCUGAUCAUUGCCACAGAAAUGCUACAGCACUAAUUGGAGUGCUUUUAUGUGUUGAGUAUUUCAGUGAUACUUCAGUUUAUUUCUGAUGUCAAUGCACUCAGGGUAUAGGGUUUCUACUGUUAAUCUUUUACUGCAGAAUAAUUCACAGUGGUUAAGACUGUGUGCAUUUUUAUUUCAAUCAGGGAGAUUGAUAGUGAGUCUUAAGGAUUUUUUAAUGCAAUUUUUAUA